AUGUCGGAAAGGAAGCGAACAUUAGAUGUCGAUCAGGAGGGAUCUGCUUCAAAGCGCCCAUUGAACUCGGAUCCAAUCGACUACUCCAAUGAUUACUCGCCCCGCUCACCAUCUCCAAUCAGAUCACCAUCAAUAGCUUCUUACUCUCCAUGUCCAUCACCUUCCCCUCCAGUUUCUCCAACUCCUAUAAUUCGAAAAAUAGAAAGAAGAACCUUUGAAGUUCCAGAGAAAUUCUUGGAUUCAGAAAGAGACGGGAUGCAAUGUCUGCGUAUCCACUCGAAUCACUGGAUGGACGAGAACUGUCUAUUUGGAAGGGAAGACAUAGAACUUGCAAUAGAUCGAAUCGACGAACUUGUAACAUCAUCAGUUGGAUUUAUUCAUCAAGUCGCCACGAGAUACUUGAAAUUUGGAGAUGGCAUGUCACCUCGUUCUCCAUCACCACCUCGUAAAUCAUUGCGUUCUGAAUAUUCUCCAUAUAAAUCACCAAGAGAUGAAUCGGACGAAGACAUAGAGAUAAUUGAUAAUCCACGUGUCUCUCGAGAACUUCUGAUUCCAUCGGGUUUAUACGGAUCAUUUGGAAGUCCAAUGCGAGAGCAAACUGUUUCAAUUUGUAAAAGAAAUGGGGUUAACUGGAAUGUUCCAGAUGCUGAAACCUCGUCGAAAACUGAGGAGAAAUUAGUGAUGAGACUGUAUGGAGUUGAGGAGAAUGUUGAGAAGGCGAUGAAGGAAAUUGAGGAGUUUAUGGAGAACUACUCGGAAGACGAGAUGCUUAUUCAUACCACAAAAGUGUCCAGAGUUAUUGGAAAAAACGGAGAGACAAUUCAAUUGAUCAGCGAGAAGAGUGGAGCAGUGUGUCAUUUCGACAGAGAAUCUCUGGAUGACUCAUUGGAGUCCUCGAAGACAUUACGGAUAACUGGAACUGCGACACAGAUAGAGAAAGCGAAGGAGAUGGUUCAAGAUUUGAUUGAUUCGACUCGAUGUUUCAUGGAAAUUCCAUACCGCUUGUAUGAUGAUGUGGUUGGAGACAAGAAGGAAAAUAUAGCAUAUAUUUCGGCUGUCAGUGGUGCUGAAUGUGUCGCCUGGUCGGGUGACGAUGAACGAAAGACAACGAUUAGAAUCCAAGGAACAGAGAAACAAGUUGAGCAUGCGAAGUCAUUGUUACAAGACGCUAUCGAUAAGGAACAUAAAAAAGGAGGGCCACUAGUCUUUAACACCAUGCAUGUUCCAAUAGAAAAGGUGGACCAAGUCAUCGGAGUCAGUGGUUCCUAUAUCAAUUUGAUCCGCGAACAAUCGAACGCCUGCAUCGAAUACGAUCCGAGAGGGCCGGUGAAGAAGUUUUUGAUUAGUGGAACAACUGUGCAAGUCGAGACGGCAAAGGCACUUAUAAAAGAAGUAACUGAUGGUCCUCCGCAAGUUAGCAUUCCGGUUUGGAAUCGUUUUGAGCCGAGAAUGACAUCUGGACCGGCUCUGACUCUGACUCCGCCUCCAUCUCCACACUCUCCUCUAUUCUAUCAAAAUAUGCCACCUCAAUUCAGUUUUCAAGCAUCCCCAUACUACCCGGGACCAUCGGGACCAUCAAAUGCUCCCAGAAUCCCGUAUCAAUAUCUCCCUCAGCCACCUUCCAGUCUCUUUGCUCAAUAUAUUCCACGUCCACCAUUCUUUCCGCCACGUUGA